AUGGCCAAGCCAUUUCUCUACAUGUUGCUCUCUCUCAUCUGUUUCCUCAGCUCCACCUUCAGUAGAUCGGAGUCCACCGAGCACGGCAUCACCUGGCAAAAUUCUCCUUGGGUCACGAUCAAAGACGCCUAUGGCGACGGCGAUCACUCAGUCGCACAUCCCGAUAACGGCAAGCAAAACUACAUCGGCGAUGUUUGGAAAUUUGAUGUCAUGAACUCUGAUUUCGCUGUCAAGAUGGUUGGCAAUACUGUCGACUAUUGGUACAGCAAUUCUUUCAGCUGCGAGUGGGCUGGUCGGGAAGCUGGACAGGACAAUAAUUGUGGGCUUCGGGCGGGGUGUGAAUUGGGGGAUUGGAUGAGGGGUGGCUUGAAGUACUGCUGGUUCCCAUGCUUGGGAAAUGUCAUCUUUUUCACAACUUCAAACGAGGACGAUACUGAUUUGCACAAGGUCUGGGAUGAGACUUUCAGAAAUCUACCAAAGCCCAAUAGUAUCAGAUUAGCAGGGAUCACCUUUGACCAAGGUGCACAAUUACUCCAAUGUGAUCAGCAGCUCACCUGA